AUGUCUGCAGCCAUGAGGCAAGGGUUCUACUAAUUCCAUCAUCAGAAGAACUGCGUGACUGACUUCUUGGCAAACACCAAGGCCAACACCAGCAUGAACUGGAGCUACACGACACUCAGUGUCAUUGGGCUGGUGGCUUUGUACCUAGUGUUCGGUUAUGGAGCCUCUCUUCUCUGCAACCUGAUAGGAUUUGGUUACCCAGCCUAUGUCUCAAUUAAAGCCAUAGAGAUCCCCAACAAAGAAGAUGAUACCCAGUGGCUGACCUACUGGGCAGUGUUUGGUGUAUUCAGCAUUGCCGAAUUCUUCUCUGACCUCUUCCUUUUAUGGUUCCCCUUCUACUACGUGUUGAAGUGCAGCUUCCUGUUGUGGUGCAUGGCCCCCAGCCCUGUCAAUGGAGUGGACCUUCUCUACAAGCGCAUCAUCUGUCUUUUCUUCCUGAAGCACGAGUCCCAGGUAGACAAGGCAGUGAAUGACUUGAAGGACAAAGCCAAAGAGACAGCAGAUGCCAUCUUUAAAGAAGCCAAGAAAGCUGCUGUGAAUUUACUGGGUGAGAAAAAGAAAAGCACCUAAACCACUGACUGGAUGAAACAUUUCUGCCCUCUCUGUACUUUCCUAGUAGAGCUUGGUGUUAUAUUAGGAACUGUGGUAUAAUCAUUUUAAUAAUGUUGCCUUGGAAACAUUUUU